AUGAGUGGAGUUGAAGCAGCUGGAUUUGUUCUAGCCUCAAUUCCUCUAGCAAUCUCGGUCCUUGAACACUACCAGAACUCGGCCAAACUUCUCAAGACUUGGUGGAAAAUCAGAAACGAGUACGGAAAAUGUGUGCAUGAACUCAAAUUCCGCCAGGAAGAAUUCGAAGGCAAUUUGUCCGAAUUGCUUCUUCCGAUAAUAGCAGAGGAAGAAAAGUUGGGGGAAUUGCUGGCAGAUCCUGGCGGUCCCUGCUGGUCGGAUGCCAAGCUCGAAGAGGCUCUGAGGGAAAGAAUGCCCAAGAGAUAUGAGUCCUAUCUUGAGACCAUUGGUUUGAUGAAAGGAACUAUGGAGAGGCUCCAUGAAGUAAUGGGAAUGGACAUGGUACAACUACAAGCACGUGUUGUCGGCAACUUUGUAGGUUUUGAUCCAAUUCGUUUGUUCUUACUCGACUUCUCAUUAUAGGGCCUAACGCAACUGUCUAGGAACCCGCCCCUGAAGCACGAACCAUAUUCGGACACAUAGCACAGUAUGGAGAGGAAACCAUGAAAUGGCAUAUGCAAAGGCUCAAUUGGUCCGUAGUGAAGAAAAACUCAAGAGCAGAACUUUUUGCUGAAUUCACACACUACAACAAUCAACUCAGUCAAAUCCUGGGAUCCUCAGACCGGGUCAGCGAGUUAAGCCGCACUCGAGUACCAAAAUCAACUGCCGUCGAUAAACGCUUAUGGAAAUUCUGGAAUCAUGGAGAUGUACUUUACGAUCUCUUGUUAAAGGCAUGGUCUUGCGGAUGUCAACCAUUUCAUCAUGCCAACCUGUUGUUGGAACACAGAGCUACGUCAACAAUCAGUUUUCGAGUAGUCUUCUGGUUCCAAGCACACCUAACUGAACGACAUCAGCCUUGGACGUGGCAAGCUACACAGAUCAAGCUGCUCGAAGAGCCCAUCGUACCGGCAGUAACUACAAUCAAAGUGCCAGUCCCAGUAUCAACGAAUGGCUACCGAACAGAAUCAGCAACCUCUCUUUCGAGUCCUUUGAGCCGGCAAACAAGUGCUCCCCAGCUUGAAAACUUCAGGCGUCGAGACAUUUUUCCGAGAUUUAGAUCCAAAACAUCCAGAUCCAUUUUGAAAAGUAGCAAAAGUGAGGUGAUCACCGGCCAAAAUGUUGUUUGCGAUGAUGAAAGUUGCCCUCCGGCCAAAACUAAGGUGGCUUUCGCUGAAACAAUGAUACCAAAGGUGGACACCGCGAAAACAAACAACUCAAAAGUUGAGCCGCCCACAAAUCCUCUGAUCACAAACUUAUGCGAGAAGAUUGCGAGCUGCUCCACGAAUCUAACCCAAUACGGCUGCUUGGAAGGAGGGACCAAUAAGUUUCUAGUAACACCGCUUUGCAAAGCAGACAACGACCCUCAAAAGCACGUUACCCUAAAGAGUCUGCUCAGCAGCACUUCAGAAAUCCGUCUCACACGCCAAGAACGAUUUCAAAUAGCGCUGAUUCUUACUUCCUCUUAUAUACAACUACACCCGACACCUUGGCUGACUUCCAAAUGGAGUAAAAACGACAUAUUCUUCUUCUAUGAUCAAGAUGACCACACCAAGGUCCGGACCUCUCAACCAUAUAUCUCUCGAGCCCUCUCAGAUCAGCUCCAAGAGAAGAAAAAUUACGUCGCGAUGAACAUACCGUGCACAAGUACGAACGAAUUCCGUGAUAGCAUACGCAGCCUCGGAAUUAUGCUACUCGAACUCUGCUUUGGGAAAUCCAUCGAAGAACAUCCACUCUGGAAGAAACUUAGUCCGACUGAUGAGAAGUCACUAGAGCUUGCCAAUUUCAUGGUUGCCACAGCCUGGUGUGAUCAAGAAUUGCAGGGAGAAGCUGGCCAUGGUUACAAGAGUGUUGUUCAUUGCUGUUGCACUCUUUUUCGGACGGUACGGCGGGUAUGGGGGAGAAGGAAGACCAAUGGCGGGAAGAGAUGUUUGUGA